GGCGGCGGAACGAGGCCGGGAGGCGGAGCGGGCAGGAGGCUGGCGAAGCUCCCUCCGCGGGAGGGGCGCGGGGACGGCGCCGGAGGGCGGGGGCCGGGGCCCGGGCCGGCUUGCGCAGCGGGUACGAUGACCCGGCGGCGGGGCCCCGGAUUUCGUCUCCUCACGGCAGCCCCAACUCGCGGCUGAGAACCAGAUACACCGGCGGUAUGGCAUCACAGCUGCAGGUGUUUUCCCCCCCAUCAGUGUCGUCGAGUGCCUUCUGCAGUGCAAAGAAACUGAAAAUAGAGCCCUCUGGCUGGGAUGUUUCGGGACAGAACAGCAACGACAAAUAUUAUACUCACAGCAAAACCCUCCCAGCCACACAAGGACAAGCCAACUCCUCUCACCAGGUAGCAAAUUUCAGUAUUCCUGCUUACGACCAGGGUCUCCUUCUCCCAGCUCCUGCGGUAGAGCACAUUGUUGUAACAGCUGCAGAUAGCUCAGGCAGUGCUGCUACGUCAACCUUCCAGAGCAGCCAGACCCUGACUCACAGAAGCAACGUUUCUUUGCUUGAGCCAUAUCAAAAAUGUGGAUUGAAAAGAAAAAGUGAGGAAGUUGACAGCAACGGUAGUGUGCAGAUCAUAGAAGAACAUCCACCUCUCAUGCUGCAAAACAGGACUGUGGUGGGUGCUGCUGCCACAACCACCACUGUGACCACAAAGAGUAGCAGUUCUAGUGGAGAAGGGGAUUACCAGCUGGUCCAGCAUGAGAUCCUUUGUUCUAUGACCAACAGUUAUGAAGUCUUGGAGUUCCUAGGCCGAGGGACAUUUGGGCAGGUGGCUAAGUGCUGGAAGCGGAGCACCAAGGAAAUUGUGGCUAUUAAAAUCUUGAAGAACCACCCAUCCUACGCCAGACAAGGCCAGAUUGAAGUGAGCAUCCUGUCCCGCCUGAGCAGUGAAAAUGCUGAUGAGUACAAUUUUGUCCGUUCUUAUGAGUGCUUUCAGCAUAAGAAUCACACCUGCCUUGUGUUUGAGAUGUUGGAGCAGAACUUAUACGACUUCUUGAAGCAGAAUAAGUUUAGUCCACUGCCACUCAAGUAUAUCAGGCCUAUCUUACAGCAGGUAGCCACAGCCCUGAUGAAACUCAAGAGCCUGGGUCUGAUCCAUGCUGACCUCAAGCCUGAAAACAUUAUGCUGGUGGAUCCAGUGCGCCAGCCCUACCGUGUGAAGGUCAUCGACUUCGGUUCUGCCAGUCAUGUUUCCAAAGCUGUGUGUUCAACAUACCUACAGUCACGCUACUACAGAGCCCCAGAAAUUAUUCUUGGAUUGCCAUUUUGUGAAGCUAUUGAUAUGUGGUCACUGGGCUGUGUAAUAGCUGAGCUGUUCCUAGGAUGGCCUCUUUAUCCUGGUGCUUCAGAAUAUGAUCAGAUUCGAUACAUUUCACAAACACAAGGCCUGCCAGCUGAAUAUCUCCUCAGUGCCGGAACAAAAACUACCAGGUUUUUCAACAGAGAUCCUAAUUUGGGGUACCCACUGUGGAGGCUUAAGACGCCCGAAGAACAUGAGUUGGAAACUGGAAUAAAAUCAAAAGAAGCUCGGAAGUACAUUUUUAAUUGUUUAGAUGACAUGGCUCAGGUGAAUAUGUCUACGGACUUAGAGGGAACAGACAUGUUGGCAGAGAAGGCAGAUCGAAGGGAAUACAUUGAUCUGUUAAAGAAAAUGCUAACAAUUGAUGCAGACAAGAGAAUUACUCCCCUGAAAACUCUUAACCAUCAGUUUGUGACAAUGAGUCACCUUCUGGAUUUUCCACAUAGCAAUCAUGUUAAGUCUUGCUUUCAGAACAUGGAGAUCUGCAAGCGGAGGGUUCACAUGUAUGAUACAGUGAGUCAGAUCAAGAGUCCCUUCACUACACAUGUUGCGCCAAAUACAAGCACAAAUCUAACCAUGAGCUUCAGCAACCAGCUCAAUACAGUGCACAAUCAGGCCAGUGUUCUAGCAUCCAGUUCUACUGCAGCAGCUGCUACUCUUUCUCUGGCUAAUUCAGAUGUCUCACUGUUAAACUACCAGUCAGCUUUGUACCCAUCAUCUGCAGCACCAGUGCCUGGAGUUGCCCAGCAGGGUGUUUCCUUGCAGCCUGGAACUACCCAGAUUUGCACUCAAACAGAUCCAUUCCAACAAACAUUUAUAGUGUGUCCACCUGCUUUCCAAACUGGUCUGCAAGCAACAACAAAGCACUCUGGAUUCCCUGUGAGGAUGGAUAAUGCUGUACCGAUUGUACCCCAGGCACCGGCUGCUCAGCCACUGCAGAUACAGUCAGGAGUCCUCACACAGGGAAGCUGUACACCACUAAUGGUAGCAACUCUCCACCCUCAAGUAGCCACCAUCACACCGCAGUAUGCGGUGCCCUUUACUCUGAGCUGCGCAGCCGGCCGGCCGGCGCUGGUUGAACAGACCGCUGCUGUACUGCAAGCUUGGCCUGGAGGAACUCAGCAAAUUCUCCUGCCUUCAACUUGGCAACAGUUGCCUGGGGUAGCACUACACAACUCUGUCCAGCCCACAGCAGUGAUUCCAGAGGCCAUGGGGAGUGGCCAGCAGCUAGCAGACUGGAGGAAUGCCCACUCUCAUGGCAACCAGUACAGCACUAUCAUGCAGCAGCCAUCCUUGCUGACCAACCAUGUGACAUUGGCCACUGCCCAGCCCCUGAAUGUCGGUGUUGCCCACGUCGUCAGACAACAGCAAUCCAGUUCCCUUCCUUCAAAGAAGAAUAAACAGUCUGCAUCAAUCUCUUCCAAAUCCUCCCUGGAUGUUCUGCCUUCCCAAGUCUAUUCUCUGGUUGGGAGCAGUCCUCUCCGUACCACAUCUUACAAUUCCCUAGUCCCUGUCCAAGAUCAGCAUCAGCCAAUCAUCAUUCCAGAUACUCCCAGCCCUCCUGUGAGUGUUAUCACUAUCCGAAGUGACACUGAUGAGGAAGAGGACAAUAAAUUUAAGCCCAGUAGCUGUGGCCUGAAGCCAAGGUCCAAUGUCAUUAGUUAUGUCACUGUGAAUGACUCUCCAGACUCUGACUCUUCCUUGAGCAGCCCAUAUUCCACUGAUACCCUGAGCGUUCUCCGGGGCAAUAGUGGGCCACUUCUGGAAGGGCCUAGCAGAGCUGCAGCAGAUGGCGCCGGCACUCGCACUAUCAUUGUGCCUCCACUAAAAGCUCAGCUUAGUGACUGCACUGUAGCAACCCAGGCCUCAGGUCUCCUAAGCAGUAAGACCAAGCCAGUGGCUUCAGUGAGUGGGCAGUCAUCUGGAUGCUGUAUCACCCCCACAGGGUAUCGAGUUCAACGCGGGGGGACCACCACAGCACAGCCACUCAACCUAAGCCAGAACCAGCAGUCAUCAUCAGCUCCAACCUCACAAGAAAGAAGCAGCAACCCUGCUCCCCGCAGACAGCAGGCAUUUGUGGCCCCGCUCUCCCAGGCGCCUUAUACCUUCCAGCAUGGCAGCCCACUACACUCUACGGGUCACCCACACCUGGCCCCAGCCCCUGCUCACCUGCCAAGCCAGCCUCAUCUGUAUACGUAUGCUGCCCCCACUUCUGCUGCUACAUUGGGCUCCACCAGCUCCAUUGCUCAUCUUUUCUCCCCACAGGGCUCUUCAAGGCAUGCUGCAGCCUACACCACCCACCCCAGCACUCUGGUGCACCAGGUUCCUGUCAGUGUUGGGCCCAGCCUCCUCACUUCUGCCAGCGUGGCCCCUGCUCAGUACCAACAUCAGUUUGCUACCCAGUCUUACAUUGGGUCUUCUCGAGGCUCAACAAUUUAUACUGGAUACCCACUGAGUCCUACAAAGAUCAGCCAGUAUUCUUAUUUGUAGUUGGUGAGCAUGAGAGAGGAGGGUUCAUUGGCUGUCUGCUUCUAGCCCUGAGUUCUUAAUAAUGGGCUAUGUAUAGUGAGCACCUCUCUUAUUCUCUCUUGAAACUCCUUAGCCAGCAACUUGUUCUGCAGGGGCCCACUGAAGCAGAAGGCUUUUCUCUAGGGAACCUGUCUCAGUGUUGACUGCAUUGUUGUAGUCUCCCAGAGUUUGCCCUGUUUUUUAAUUCUUUAUUUUUGUGUCAACAUUUUUGGUUUUUUGAAGAAUUCAGAAGCCCAUCUUCUAUAGUUACCAAGGAAGAGAGACCAUUCUAAAGUUAUCUUUUGAAAAAUUUUUGUCUUUCUGACUUGAUUUCUAUAAAUGCUUUUGAAAACAAGCGAAAUCCACCUUAUUUAACUUUGUUUUGUUGUGGUUGAUGGUCAGAAGGAAAAUGCUGAUAGAAAGAUUUAAAACCUGAUGAAAAGUGAGAAAAAAAAUAACUACUUUUGGUUUGUUUGAAAUCCAAGGCUUAUUUAUCUAUUUUAUUUUAAAGCAGCUUAUGCAAGUCUGUAUUUUACUAUCAGGCAUUUCUCCUCAGAAAUAUAUCUGUGUUUGUGGGACAUUUAAAUUGAUAUUGUUUUAGUUUUGUUUUCAUGUUGCGUUAUACUUAAUGAACAAUUUUUUUUAAAAAACUAGUUACAUAUUGAUUGGUUACAUAUGUGAUUAUUACAAAGUGGUGUUAAAAAGGUAGCUCACCAUUUUCUAUUCACUCAGUGAGAGAAUUUGUGCCCACCAUGGAAACACCAUUUUUUUUAAAUGAAGUGCCAUGAAUUCUUUUUAAAAUUACUUCUAAGAAUUCCUUUUUUUUCGAUUCAACUUAAAUUUUAUUAUUAGAAAAGCCAUUGAAGUGGUCAUUAUUAUAUGGUGGUAGUGGUUUUAUCAUAUGAAAAUCUGUUUCUAUUAUGAGAUACUGGCACUGAUGAACUUUGCCAACAGGUUGGUAUUGGUGAACUUUGCCUAAAGAUUAUUAUGAAUUUCAAGAAUACACCUUUGUGUUUUCUUCAUCUCUCCCUUCUGUUUUAUGCGAUUUAUUUGGGGAGAAAGCUAAAGAAUCUGAAACUAGAUAAGGACGUUGUUGCGUAUAGCUUUUAUACUUUAAAGUAGCUUCGUUUGUAUGCCAGCAGCAAAUUGAAUGCUCUCUUAUUAAGACUUAUAUAAUAAGUGCAUGUAGGAAUUGCAAAAAAAAAUAUUUUAAAAGUUUAUUACUGAAUUUAAAAUAUUUUAGAAGUUUUGUAAUGGUGGUGUUUUAAUAUUUUGCAUAAUUAAAUAUGUACAUAUUGAUUAGAAAAAUAUAACAAGCAAUUUUUCCUGCUAACCUAAAAUGUUAUUUGUAAUCAAAUGUGUAGUGAUUACACUUGAAUUGUGUAUUUAGUGUGUAUCUGAUCCUCCAGUGUUACCCCGGAGAUGGGAUUAAUGUCUCCAUUGUAUUUAAACCAAAAUGAACUGAUACUUGUUGGAAUGUAUGUGAACUAAUUGCAAUUACAUUAGAGCAUAUUACUGUAGUGCUGAAUGAGCAGGGGCAUUGCCUGCAAGGAGAGGAGACCCUUGGAAUUGUUUUGCACAGGUGUGUCUGGUGAGGAGUUGUUCAGUGUGUGUCUCUUCCUUCCUUUUCUCCUCCUUUCCCUUAUUGUAGUGCCUUAUAUGAUAAUGUAGUGGUUAAUAGAGUUUACAGUGAGCUUGCCUUAGGAUGGACCAGCAGGCCCCCGUGGACCCUGAAGCUGUUCACUGGGAUUAUUCAGAACAGGAUUAGUAGCUGUGUUGUAUAGAUGCAUUAUUCUCUGUUUCCCUGUUAGUGUUGAAAAAUAAAAACAGCAGCUUUUGUUCUGUAUUGCCAGCUCUACUCCUUUCUACUUUGGAGUCUUAGCUGAGUUCUCACAGAAGCAUUUUCCCCAUGUGGCUCUAUCUGUGCAUUGCCACUUUGUUUCUGUGAGAAUUUAGGAAGCAGGUGUGAGGAGUCAAGCUAAUAUUAAAUAUGCAUUUUUUUCUUUUUUAAAAUAUGUGCAAUCAUUUUUAGAAUGAGGUUUUUUUCCUCUUCCCAUUUGGCAGUCCUUCCUGAAAAUAGUUAACAUUGCUAGUAAAAUAUUUGCUUGUUGAAAAAAAGUAACAGAUGUAUUUAUACCAAAGAUCCUGUUGUAUUGCUUACCGUGUCCCCAUAACUAAGAGUUUGUAUUGUCAUUGGUGAUGAGAAACUCACAGAAAGGUUUCUUAGUUGGUAAAGAAUAUUAAGAAGAAAUCAAAGCCUAUUGAGUCAUUGAGGCUUUUGAAGUUUCUUUUUAACAUCUUGUAUAUUCUUGGGGCCCUUCAAGCUGUGACAUUGUCCUGGUAACUCUCAGUUCUCCACAGAUCUGGGUGAAGUAGAAGGUACUGGGGAUGGGGACAUUCCUAACCAUAAAGGAUUUCGGGAAAUAAGGUUACCCUAAGAUAAGACAUGUGUUCCAUCUGAAGUGAAAAUAAUAUUGGAGAGAUAAUUCUGGGACUGGUUCUAUAUGGAGAUGGUGUCAAGAAGGUGCAGAAUGGAGAUGGGAGAUUCAUGGAGCCUGGUCAGCAUGCUCUGUACCGGGUUGAACCCCGAGGAGUUGUCAAAGUGUUUGGAGUUUCUUCAGCAUUAGGAGUAAGGGCUUCCAUGAUGGGACAGGUACUCAAUACAACUUCCCAGGAACAUGUUGUACUUUCUGUAUUUAAAAAAAAAAAUCAUUAUAUUAAGUUGUGUGUUCCACACUAUUUUGGUCAAGAUAGCCAGGCAGUUUGUGUAGUUUGUAAUUCGUGUAACACAGUUUUCUGGUCAGCGUGUAUGAUCUUUUUCUCUCCUUUUUGCCAAGCACAUUCUGGUUUUCUUGUUUAACCUCUUAGGUCUGGUUUCUAGUAGAAACAUUUUUGUUCCUUAUCUUUCUUCUGCAAGGGACAAAAUUUGUUGCUUUUGUAAGAAACAAGAUGCAGGGAAAAACAAAACCCCACCUUUCACCUAGUCCAACAAGUAGAUACCUUUUAAGAUAGAGUCUUAACUCCAUGGGAAAGAAUAAUACCUUAAUCACCUGACUAGCAACGUGUGGCAUAAAAAAUGACCUAGAGAUUUUCAUUCUUAAUCUGUAAGUUGACGUUUCAGGUUUACCAAGAUAAAAAUCUACCUUUGUCUACUGAAUGCGUAUGUGCUUGUUGUGGCUUUUGAUUCUACUGUGGGGCUUGACAUCACUGGCCCUGACAGCAUAGGGGAAGGCCUGUGAAUGUAGUGAGCAUCUAGUCUGGGUCACCAUGGCCUGACCUCAAGGCAGCUUAAGGCUUUUACGUCUUCUGUCAGUUCCAUUUCCAACUUCUGCCCUUCCAGCUGAGGGAAGAAGUGGAGAAGGGUUGAGGAUAGCCAUCUAACUUCAUCAGGGACACUUAAUCACUCUUGAAUUUUAAUAGCUCCCAAGAGGUGGAUACCACUGUCAGUGUUCAGCUGAAAUGCCAACUCCAGGAAUAAGAAUUUCAUUUCAAACAGUUUUGUUCAUUCUGAGCCUGCUUUUGUGAUUGCUCAUCCAUCAUCCUCCACUAGAGGGGCUAAGCUUGACUGCUCUUAGCCAGCCAAGCACAGUAAUACGCGUUAUACUUAGCAUUAUUAUGCAGAAAUCUGCUAAUUGAGAUGGCUUGUUUUAGGAUGGGAAAUGACUUUGCCUCUCAGUGAUAGGAAUAGCCCCAGCCUGCUUCCUAUUUUGAUUUUACUUUAAACUGAUGGAUGGUGCAGCAUGUCUACAUGGUUGUUUGUGGCUAAACUUUAUAUAAUGUGUGGUUUUAAUUCAGCUUGAAAAAUAGUCUCACUACAUGUAGCAGUACAUUAUAUGUACAUUGUAUGUAAUGUUAGUAUUUCUGCUUUGAAUCCUUGAUACUGCAAUGGAAUUCCUACUUUAUUAAAUGUAUUUGAUAUGCUAGUUACUGUGUGUGAUUUAAACUUUUUUUUCCUUCUUUUUUUGGUUGUGAGCUUCCUUUUACAAUAAGCCUCUAGAAACAUAUAGUUUCUGAGAAUUACUGAGCUAUGUUUGUAAUGCAGAUGUACUUAGGGAGUAUGUAAAAUAAUCAUUUUAACAAAAGAAAUAGAUAUUUAAAAUUUAAUACUAACUACGGGAAAAGGGUCCAUUGUGUAAAAACAUAGUUUAUCUUUGGAUUCAAUGUUUGUCUUUGGUUUUACAAAGUAGCUUGUAUUUUCAGUAUUUUCUACAUAAUAUGGUAAAAUGUAGAGCAAUUGCAAUGCAUCAAUAAAAUGGGUAAAUUUUCUGA